GGAGGGGGCAAGCCUCUUUUGGGAACUAACUCAUGAAGAACAAGGGAGGAAAGCCGAAACUCAAGAGGAAAGGAGCCACGAACGUAUUCGGCUGUGAUCUGACGGAAUAUCUGGAGAGCUCUGGACAAGAUGUUCCCCUGGUACUGAAGAACUGUGCAGAGUUCAUUGAGACUCACGGCAUUGUGGACGGCAUCUAUCGGCUUUCUGGAGUUACAUCCAACAUUCAGAAGUUGAGGCAAGAGUUUGGGUCAGACCAAUGCCCAGACCUGACCAAGGAAGUUUACCUCCAGGACAUCCACUGUGUGGGGUCACUCUGCAAGUUAUACUUCCGGGAACUACCCAAUCCCCUCCUCACUUAUGACCUUUACAAGAAAUUCACGGAGGCCGUGUCAUGCUUCCCAGAUGAAGAUAAAUUGGCCCAAGUUCAGAAUGCCAUCCAGAAACUUCCACCGUCUCAUUACAGGACACUGGAAUACCUGAGUAAGCACCUGGCUCAUCUAGCAUCCCUCAGCACCAUGACCAACAUGCACACCAGGAAUCUGGCUUUAGUGUGGGCACCUAACCUCCUCAGAUCAAAGGAGAUUGAGGCUGUGGGCUGCAAUGGAGAUGCAGCUUUCCUGGAGGUGCGAGUCCAGCAGUUGGUGAUUGAGUUUAUAUUGAACCAUGUGGACGAAAUCUUCAGUGACAGUGUUUCUGCCAGACCCAAGGAGAAUGAAGAGAAUAAGCCCAUUGUGAAGAGCUUGACGCUGCCUUCUGCCUCUCUGCCCAUGAAGCUGGUGAGCCUGGAAGAAGCUCAGGCCCGGAGCCUGUCAGCCGGCCACCCUGCCCGCAAGGAGCGAAGGGAGAACAGCUUGCCUGAAAUUGUUCCAGUCACUGGCUCUUUCUGCCACACCGUGCUUGAUCUUCCCGACAGCAAGAGAAAGUUAUCUACAAAAUCUAAGAAAUGGAAGUCAAUAUUCAACCUGGGUCGCUCUGGAUCAGAAUCCAAGUCGAAACUGAGCCGAAAUGGAAGUGUGUUUGUGCGAGGGCAGAAGCUCUCUGAAAAAGCGACUAUCCGGCCAGCGAAAAGCAUGGAUUCGCUGUGUUCACUUCCAGUAGAAGGAGAUGGUGAAAAAGGCCACUUCAAGCGUACUGUCAUGGCUGGAGGGUUUUUCGUUCCAGUGAUGAAGCCGCGGCCAGUGGGACCAAACAGCUCCCUUGACCCCAGCAAGCAGGAAAAUGAUUGGGAUCCAAAGGGGGCAGAAGGAGGUGCAGAGGACAGUGGGGAGAACGAUGCGUCCUGGCCUGCCCAAGCCAGACCACUUCCUGAGCAACUGAAGGUGUUCCGGCCCAUAGAAGACCCUGAGAGCGAGCAAACCUCCCCCAAAAUGUGCCGUAUGUUCUACACUUCCGGUGAUGGGGCGGCAAAAUCAGGCUUCCAUGGGACUAUCUUCCCCCUGGAGGCCUCCCCCCGGCAUCAGCGGAAAGCCUUGAAUAUCUCUGAGCCCUUCGCUGUCUCUGUCCCCCUUCGGGUGUCUGCAGUCAUCAGCAUCAAUAGCACCCCGUGCCGCAUGCCUGCUAAAGAGAAGCCUGCCCUCUCCAGUCUGCAAGAGUCCUCUUUCUUGGGGCUGGAUAAUGUUGUGACUGCCUCCCCAGAAGGAGACAACCCCACCAGGCCAGAGCAGACCGCAAUCAAGGAAGAAAAGAAAUCUGAGCCCAAAACUGGAGCAGAUUCUGAGUAUGAGGAAUCAACAACAACCAAGAAGCUAGAGUCCUUGGGUGACCCUCAACCAACAAGAAAAUCUCAGGAGACAAAAAGAAGUGGCAAUAGUGACAAUGAAGUUUCAGAGGAAAAGCAUAACCCGGAACAGACACCACUCAUUGAUAUCUCAGCAAGCCAGCAGCAGACAGGUCAAGUGACUCAGGUUCAGUUAGAGGUGAAGGACAGGCCAGAACAGAGCUGUUGGCCCCAGGGGGCACUAAUAAAUAAAACAGAGGAUCCAACACAACUAAGUGAACUGGUGGUUGAAAAUCAUUCUAGUGCCAUAAUGGAACCGCUGUGGCCAGAAAUUCAACAAGAACUGAAAAUCGUUGAAUCUGAAGAGGAACUGCCAUUUGCUGCGGCUGCCUCAGAGACAUGCAGUUCUGUGCUGUCUUCAACGUCAUGCCAAGAUGAAAAUGCAAACCGAAACCUACCAGCCAUACCUCAUAGCCCUUUAUCUGGUGGUGCCCUUUCCAAGGGAUCAAAGGACUUGCCUGCUUCUGAUUCCGAAAUGAGGAAGCAGGAAAAUAUCUCUUGUGGGGCACCUCGUCCAAAGGAUGAUCUUGAAAUUGAGGACACCAAGACUGACCUUCCACCUCAACCUCAAGACUGGAAGCUUCUACCAGAGCCAGAAGAAAAUAUGGAUCUUCCAAUAAAUAUAUUGUCAUAUCCCAAAGAAAAGCGUUCAGACCAACCAGAGCAGGAAAAUAAGACUUGGCUUCCCCCAAAGUAUAAGGAAAGCUCGGCUAUAACGAAGAUCCAGGGAGGUGAUGAGAUGUGUUCAGAAAGGAUGGACCAGUCCAGUUCUAAGACCUUAAGUGGAGCUGGAGUCCACCAGCUCAAGGAAGGCAACAGGAAUCAUCGAGCCCAUGACUCUCGUCUUGAGCAGCAAGAGGAAGACACAUGCGUGGACCAUGGGCAGAGCUUAGAGUUGGUGGAGCCAUGGGAAGAUCAUCAGUGGGUCACUAGCCCCCUCCAUUCACCUACCUUCAAGGACACCCAAAGAAAGGCCCUUCAGGAGCUUCAGCUGCAGAGCCAAGGAGUGGCCCGGGGCCAUUUCAAGAAGCCAUGUUUCAGUCGUAGCUUUUCCUUAGACAGUAAAGACUUUGUGAAGAAGUACUGGGCUAUUGAGGUGCCUUUUACAAGAGCAGAUGAGGAACAUGUUUGUGGUGGCAGUAUAUCAGGCACCGAGGAAGCCUCACAAGCAUGCUGGAGGGAAACUGACAGAGUAGAAGCAUGGCUGAAUCCUUCAGAUGAAUCUUCCAAGCCAGAUGAAACAAGCAAGAUGCCUCUGAGUCAUGACGCAGGCUUUGUAGCUAGAGAAUUCCCACCCAGGCAUGGAGAAUUGUGCCUUGACACUCACAAAGACUCAGUAGGGAAAGAAAUGUCUGAGGACAAAGAAAACCAGGAAGUAUUGAGGUAUGAGUACCCUUUGCCACAGUUUAAUUCUGGGGAUGAUUUAUUAAGCUCAAACAGCCCAGAAAAAGAUGUAUCCAGGGCUCAGCUGCUUGACAGCCCUGGAAUUGUUGGCACCAAAGACCUCUGUUCUUCCAGAGUGCCCCAGAAUAGCAAAGGUGAAGACACCCCAAGGAGAGGAAGACCUAGGCCCUCUUCUCUCAAUCUGGAUUCGGUCCUUCCAGCUGCCAACAUUUUUAACUUUGAGAGUCUUUCUGUGCCCACUCCGCCCAGGCACUUCCUUUGUGGGCAAAAUGAAGUGAAGACCAGUGAUUCGGUGCCAUCACUUCCUGUUUCCUGCCCAAGCAAGAACCUUUGGGGCUCCCACUUUGACCCCCAAGACUUAGACCUAGACUACAUAAUGAUGGCUCAUGCGGCUACAGGUCGCCGUAACUCUGCUCCAGUGAGCGUCUCAGCAGUGAGGACCUCUUUUAUGGUCAAAAUGUGUCAGGCUAGAGCUGUGCCAGUUAUCCCACCCAAGAUUCAGUACACCCAGGUCCCCCAGCCUUUGCAGACACAGAACCCCAACUGCAGAACCCUGUUGGCACCAGACAAUAAAGAAGCAGAAGCCAACAUAGGCCAACGCAAGCCAACCCAAACUGCUCAGGGCCAGCUGCAACCCCCAAAGAGUCCAAUUAUAGAUAGGAAGGGGAAAGAAAAUAGUAAUGCGCCCCUUAUGGAUUCGACAGGAACUAGAAAGGUGGAACUCUCUCUUUCUAAUCAUAAUUCCAUCCAGGAUGCACCAGUUCUUCGCCGAAAGCGCACCUCUGGAGGCGAGACUACGGGAGACAAUCCACAGUCUUCAAAAAUGGAGAGGCCAUCAGGGGUUUCCAAGCCAUCUUACAGAUCUAGACCAGGAAGACCUCAGAGCCUUAUCCUGUUUAGUCCUCCCUUCCCAGUUAUGGACCAUCCUUCUGCAGACUCCAGGGUGUUGCUUUCCCCCAUUAGAAGCCCCUCACAGAUCCCCUCUCCAAGCCCUCUUUCCAGCGAUUUGUCAGGGACCACCUCAGAGGGGGUCACCCUUCGGAACAAGAUGACCAUUCCCAAGAAUGGCCAGAGGCUAGAGACUUCCACAAGCUGUUUUUAUCAACCCCAGAGGAGGUCUGUGAUUCUGGAUGGGAGAAGUGGGAGGCAGAUAGAAUAAUGCCCAUUCCCUCCACAUCUCUUCCCUGGUGGAUGAGUUGGGGAUGGUCACUAGGAUGAUGCUGUUAUUGUUAUACACACAAAUACUGCUCAAAAAAGAACUAUCUUAUGAGUUCCAACAAUCCUUUAUUCUACAGCUAAUUACUCUGAAUUGAUAGGCAGAAUAUUCCAGGGAUUUGGCAAAGGGUGUGCCAGAGAAAGCAGGAUUCUGUUGAAAGCAAGGCAGAUCAUGAGACCCUGAUCAAGGACAUCCGUCCAGACUCUCCCUCAUCCUCCAGCUUCCCAGCAGUAUCCCAACAACAUCCAAGAAUCAUCUCAGCAAUGUAACUAUGCUUGGCUACAGUUCCUCUCCUCUCCAUGUUCCUAAUCACUGCCUCCUUGUUGAUCUCACUUGGCUGUAUUCCUGAGGUUUCAGUCCAAUUCUGUAUUAAAAGCCUGUAGGCUUCACCUCCCUCGUCACUUAUUUAUGUACAAGACUUCAAGGAGCGUGGUAAUGAGGGUGAGAAGGGUGAUUGCCACUCAGAUAAAUAGCUUGAGAGGACUAUUGAUGCAUUUGAGUUAAAACCUAUCCUGAUUGGCUGUUGUUCUCAGCAAGCACCUGGUUGCUGCCCCAGUCCUAUUCCCUUAGCCUCUGUUUCUCUAUAUGUGUUUGAGAACUUAGAGCAAAUUGCAGGGUUCUUACAUUAAUUGAUUAUAAGGAAUUAUACAAAUAGCCAUGCAAGCUACCUGCUGUCUUGGUGGUUGGUGGCAUUAGCGAUGCAGUAGCAAGGAGAGUCCUCCCUGCUGCUGAGACUCUCCUAAAAGCACUGUCUGGCUUGUGGACGGAACAAAAUGGACAGGAUGGUCAAAAUAAGCUGCACUCCCAAGUAUUGCUUGUGUUUCUUUCAUCUACUUCUCUUUAUUUGAAGAGAGUGGAUUCCCUCCCCGCCCCCACCGCCGCCCCCCAAGAUAUGUGGCUGCUAUUUGUGCAGAAUGAGCUUGUUAUUUAAGCUGCCACUUAGCCAGCAUCAGCAGGACUGUAGGUGGUGAGAAUGUAGGAUCUGAUUAGCAAAGAAAUGUCUGUGCUAAUUCAUGGCUGUGACUCACUGAGUGUGAGCUGGAGGCUUGAAGGCUUCAGCAUAUUGUUGGUUUUAAAAGUUGCAUUUCAUCAUCUCAUAGAUUGGGGCCUGGAUCGCCAAGUUGCAGUCCAGAGCCCUUUCCCCCCCCAGGAUGCAUUUGAGUUGGGGCCGGGGCCGUAGCUCAUUGGUAGAGCAUCAGCUUUGCAUGCAGGAGGUUCAAGCCUUGGCAUCUCCAGGUAGGGCUGGGAGACACUCCUGCCUGAAACCUUGGAGUGCUGCUGCUAGUCGGUGUAGGCAAUACUGAGCUAGGUGGACCAAUGGCGUAAUUUGGUAUAAGGCUAUUUCCGAUAUUCCUGUGGAACUGGGAUGUAGUGAGGGUUUGAAUAUGGCACACCAAAGAGCCUUUUUUGGACCAGAGAAUUGCACCUUGUGCUAAAACUCUGUAGUGACAUGGAGCUAUGCUAAAAAACAGCUUUGUGUUCAGUUCCAGCUUCGAUCCCCAGAGUCUUCAAUUGAAAGGAACAGGUAGGCAGUGAUGGAGAAAACACCCCUACCUGAGCCCUUGGAUAGCUGCUGCCAGUUACUGUAGACAAUACUAAGCUAGAUGGACCAAUACUCUGUCUCAGUACAUGGCAAUUUCCAGUGUUCAUAAGAUACAUAUACUUCUGCUUAGGAUUUCCAACCCUUAGCGGGGGAAAACCCCUAUUUCAUUAAACAAAAUGGGUGCCUCUCAUUGGAGGCUCCAAAGUUCUAGAAAUUCUCGUUUCAGGCUCCAAAGCCUCUUCCUUGCCUUGUGUCAAGACAAUUAGGGAGAAUUUGAAACGUUAUGGUAAGUGGUUUUGAGUGUGAUCAAUUCCAGAACAUACUGUUUGGCUGCUUGUAAAGGAGGAAGAGGUCACACAACCUUUGUUUUUGCCUAUUCUGGUUAACAUGAACAUGAUUUUCCUGACUUGAUCAUAGAAACUCAGAUUAACAUUUUUUAGGUAUUGUGGAUUAUUAGAUCCAUCUGCAAGAUGACUCAAAUUGAGCUGAAUCCACCUCUUGUGCAUAGAGCAAGGGUAUCUUUUAGAGUUUUUGGUAGACACGUGGUUUAAUCAGGGCACAGUAUGUUGCUUAUAUAAGAUCUAGAAAACAGGACAAAGAAGAGACAGAGUUGUCAUUUGCUUGCCUAUAGUACACAGGGAGAAGCAUCAUGAAGCUGUCCUCUGAAGUGCAAAUAAGGAACCAUCAAUAUAAAAGAAGAGGAGGCUGUCUGAAGAGUAGGGCAGGAGAUUAGAAUAGUAUUCAGUCCCCUGAACAGCAGGAAGGAUUCACAGGGAAGAUUCACUUGUCCAAAGCAGAGUGGGAAAACCGCCUAUCUAAAUGGAAGAAGAGGUGUGCAGGUCUCACCUGGUUGGAAGGGAUGGUCCCUUUGACUCAAGAAAACCUAGGGCUUGCUUUGAACCUAGUGUAUAAUCAACUGUUUUGCAAAGAGCAGAGAACUUUUGUGGAACAGCCUUUUAACAGAGUUAGGCUUUGAGUACAUUCAACUUGUAACAUGCAGCAGGGCUUGAGCAGUUUCCACUGACCACUGUGUAAAAAAGAAAAAAAAGAAAUAUAUAUAUUGUGAUCCAAACUUUAUACCUAACUUUCCUUCUCUUCGGAGUUUAAAAAUAGCUGUACUGAUUAAUUUUGUGUUAAAUUUAUAUAUAAACAGAACGUAUAUAGAUCUAUUAAAGUGUAAUUAAAAACUCAUAGUUUGUCUAA